CAAUGACUUGCAUUUUCCUUUAGCCAGUUUCUACUAUUAACAAGUACGCUCUAAGUAGUGGCAUCAUACUUGCGACAAUAGGGCGUUACAAAUACGCAUAGUUUCAAACUGUUUUGUCAACAAUUAAGAUCACCAUAGAUGUCGUAAAAUGGAAUUAAGAAAGCAUAUAAUUAGUGAUGGCGAAAGCAAUACAAGGUUCACAACUGUUCUGUAGCCUAUAGGGCUUGUUCUCGUCAGUUAUCAAGGACCUUCAGUUCAAAAAAACUCGCUUUGGUUGCGCCAAAAAAUAUUUCCAAGAAAAUGUCAACCCCCUCCAGAUGUGAGUGAGAGGUCUGGCUACAUCAAUUGAGGUUGUAUUUAUUUGUACGCAUGCGUGUGCACUGCGUCAACUGAGCCGGGUGGCGAGUAUUACGACAUCGACGUCGCUGAAAACGUAACAUGGUAGCCCCCACUGCUUCCUCUGUAGUCUUGGACUUAGGGGCUGAACCUAAAGCCAUUGACAAAUCGUCCGCGAUGAGUAACGCUCGGUGCUACGCAGUGAUGCCGGGCCCUAGGCCCCUGCCUAUCCUCGGUAAUAGUUGGAGAUUCGCUAUAGGGAAGAACCCUUGGAGAACCCGUGCUUUGGAUGUUUCACUGUGGUUCCUGAGAGCCUUGGCAGGUGACGGGGGAGCGGCUAAAGUGUCUAAAUUGUUUGGACACCCUGACUUGGUGUUUCCAUUCUGUGCUGAGGAAACUGCAAGGAUUUACCGGCGGGAAGAUUUGAUGCCACAUCGAGCUAAGGCACCGUGUCUAAGUCACUAUAAACAGAAUUUGAGGAGGGAUUUUUUUGGAGAUGAGCCUGGUCUGAUUGGAGUGCACGGGGAGCCGUGGUCUAGAUUUAGAUCUAAAGUAUCUAAAGCAUUGAUAGCACCGGAGGCAGCACGGGCCGCAGUGCCCGAUUUAGAACAUGUGACCGACGAUUUUGUUCACAGAAUGGAAUGCAUUCUCGACGAUAAUCGUGAGCUGCCGAAAGAUUUUCUCACGGAACUCUACAAAUGGGCCCUUGAGUGUAAGUGCUACUUGACGAGCGGCGCCACCUUCUGUGAACCCUAUUGUGCUUUUCCGCAUAAACUUGCACCAAGUGCUGUGGGCGCUUGGGCCUUGGGUACAAGACUCGGAUGUUUAAAAGAUAACGAUGUUGAAGCUAAGGAGAUAAUCAGGUGUAUUCACGGGUUCUUCCAUAGCGUUCCUGUAUUGGAACUGUCUGCACCUUUGUGGAGAAUAUACUCAACGCCGGCUUACAAAACAUAUAUUGAAGCUCUGGACGCGUUUAGAGCGUUGUGUUUAAAGAGGUUAACUGAUAAAGGUAUUUGUUCUCAAAUUGCAAAGGCUUCCGGAGAAAAGGUUGCCACUAUAUUGGCUUUAGACCUGUUGCUGGUUGGCGUUGAUACAACGGCAGCGGCGGCUGCGAGUACUUUGUACUUACUGGCCAACAACGAAAGGGCACAGAAAAAACUGCAAAUGGAAAUGGAUAAGAACCUUCCGAGAGAAAGAGGAAUGACUAGUAAAGACUUAGACAAGAUGCCCUACCUCAAAGCCUGUAUAAAGGAAUCAUUGAGAAUCAAACCAGUUAUUUUAGGCAACGGAAGGUGUAUCCAAUCAGAUGCUGUGAUAUCUGGAUAUUCUGUUCCUAAAGGGUCGCACGUCGUUUUCCCGCAUUACAUCCUAUCAAACGAAGAACGGUACUUCCCGUCACCGAAGGAAUACGUUCCCGAAAGAUGGCUUCGUGACAAUGAUGUUCGAGCUUCUGACCAGGCUGUUUCAGGAUCGAUAACUAAUGCUAAUAAGCCAGGAUGCCCAUAUACAAGAGCGAUGGAGGUGUGUCGCAAGCAAAAGGAAGUAGGGAUCCACCCAUUCGCCUCACUUCCUUUCGGCUUCGGACGACGAAUGUGUAUUGGAAAGAGAUUUGCUGAAGCCGAGUUGCAACUUUUGCUUGCUAAGAUAUUUCAAAAAUAUGACGUCUCGUGGCGGUACGGCGAGUUAACUUAUAGUGUAACACCGACGUACGUGCCGAACGAACCGUUGCAGUUCACACUCCACAAGAGAAACGGUAACAACGCUAGCCUAUAA